AUGAAAAAGAUGAUAAUCAUUUAGAAUAAAAAACAAAUAUUUGUGAUUUUCUCAAUAAUUUAAAGGGGGAAAUAAAGUAAAAACUAAUCUUGUCUAAGUGCGUGAUCUCAAAAAUUUAGUUUGGUUAAGAAUAUCUGAUUAAAUAAAUUAAGAAAAUCUACCUUUAGGAAAAUGAGGAAGAAGAAGAAGAAAUAGAUAAUGUAGAAUCAAAUCAACAUUUAGGGUUAUUUUAGUCUUUGAAUCAAAAGUAUAAGGAUUUUAAAAAUAAUGAGGAGUGGAAAAUUAAAUAGGGUCUAAUUUUGACAAUAAUUUAUAUUUCAUCAAAUAGUUUCACAGAUACAAUUUAUUCAUUUUGUUAGAAAGCUCUUAUUUAAUUAUGGGUUUUAGAAAAAGAUUAAAGAGUUAGAGGUUUAUUGAAAAAUUAAAACUUAAUAAGUUUACAGAUGUAAAUUUUGUAGAAAGAUUGGUAGACUUAACAUGAUAGAAUUGCAGGAGAAAUGUAAAAAAUGCUGAAGAGAAUUGAUGAAUUGUAAGAAUCAAUUUCUCGUGAGGCUAAUCUCAAUAAACGUGACAUACAACUGAAAGAAAUGGAUGAAACGACAUCAUAAUUAGAUGAAUACAUUCACAAUAUCAGCGAAAUGGGCUAAUAACUCAGACUGAUAACUGAUUUUUUAAAUCAUAUCAGAAAAGGUUUAUAAAGAGUUGAGGGUAAAAUAAAUCAAAUGAAAGAGUAACUCGAUAAUGUGGGGAAUGACAUUAAAUUUUUGAGAGGAAAAUCGGUAAUACAACUGCUUGAGAUUAGAAAAUGGAAAGUGUUGAACGUUGCAGCAGAAAAAAAUGUUAAGUCCAUCUAUGUACCAUUAAAAACUCAAGAGAAAGAUAAAAAUGAAGUCAGUAGGUUAAUGAAUUUUGAUUAAUUUGAUGAUAAAGUUGGAGAAGUAAAUGAAUUUUUAUUAGAUAAAAACUAAACGGUAUUAUUGAUUCAUGGGUUAGCUGGCUCAGGCAAAAGUACUACAGCCAAGAAAAUUGAAGAGUUUAUUUGGAAAUUACAUGAUAGUAAUAAACAAAUUGGAAAUUUUUUACUAAUACCUGUUUAUCUUUCAUUACCCUCUUUAAAAAACCCUGUGUAUUAGGCAGUAGAGGAAUCACUUCAUUCAGAUGAUUAUGGAUUUGAUGAUCUCUAAUUAAAAGAAUGUAAAGAAAUGUUGUAAAAGAAAGAAUUUCGAUUCAUAUUUAUAAUGGACAGUUACGAUGAAAUGAAGCUAGAGAAUAUUUAGAAAAAUUUAUACAUUACUAAUAAACUCAGAUAGAAUUGGUCAGACCCUCUUGUUAUUUUUACAACCAGAAGUGACAUUUUUACUAGUAACAAUUAUGCCGACUGGUUUGCACCUGAAGAUAAAAAGAAAUUUAAAGAGAUUAAGCUUCUUCAAUUUGAAUAGAGUGAGAGAUAAGAAUAUCUAAUGAAAUUCACUAUUUAGAGUAUUAAAAUGCUGAUUUUCGAUGUAUACGAAUGGUAAGUAUAAACUUAAAACCAAAAAGCUCUGGAUCUAAAAAGGUUUGAACAGAAUUGGGAAAAGUUGAAGUCAUCAUUUUUGAAAUUCGAUGGAGCAAGAUUGGAAUCCGAGACUCUUUUGAAUGAAAAAUAAAUAGACAGUAUUUUAUUAUUUUUGAAAGAUGAUGAGUUAAUUGCUCUAAAAAGCAAUGAAGCUAUAAGAAGUUUGAGCAUAAAUUUAAAAAAAUUAUGGAGUUUUAAAAAGUAUGAAGAUAUGAUGAUGUCGGUAAGUCUAACUAAAUUAGUGGAAACUCCAUAUAUGAUGGAAAUUAUAGUGUAAGUGUUGCCCAACAUGAUUCUUAAAGCAACUGAAAUUAUUAACAUUAAAUAAAACUUCUUGAAAAAUUUUUCAAAGAUGCUGAAAGAGUUCUACAUAAGUAAAUACAGGAUUCAGAUGUAUAAAUCCCAACAGAAAAAGCAUCUAUUAGGGUUAAUAAAUGAAGUUAAAAAAGAAUCUUAAGCAGAAAUUUAAGUUGAUUAUGAUGACUUCUUGGAUGUUACUCCGAACGAUAUUUAUGACUUGGAAGUUAUUGAUUACCAUUAAAUUGCUUUUGAAGUUUGGAAUAAUUUAGAAGAAAAUUCAAUUCCUUAAUAAUUGUAAAUUUCCUAAGAAUUCGAAGGAAUCUAUAUAUAAGUUUAAAAAAUAUUUGAAACUGAUUUUUUACUACAAAAUUAGAUAUUAAAGAAAGGAAAAAUGUAAUAGGAAGGAAUAAUCUAAGUUGUUUGUGAUUCAUUAAAAGAAUACAAUCUUACAAUUUAUGACUUUUAUUGUGAGUUUAUCAAUUAUUAUCAUUUGAAAUAAAUCGAAAAACAGAGAAACUUAGGAAAAUCAAUAGAUACUGAUCGAUUUCUGCAUGAUCUAUUAAAAUACUCAAUCAGAUUGGCAAAAACAAUGAGUAAGAAUGAAAAGACAUAAGUUUAAUAUAAGUAGCAAGGAUUUUUAUAUUAAAAUGAAAGUAAAGAUGAACAAGGGCUAAAUGAAUUUUUUAAUUAUGAUGAUAAAUUCGGAGCUUAUAAAAAAGAUAUAAUAAGUUGUUCACUUGUCUAAUAAAAAGGUGCUAACUUUUAAUUUGCACAUAAAUCAAUAUAAGAGUUCUUAAUUGCAGCUGAUUUAUAUGAAGUGUUAGUUUAAUCAAAAGAUUUUAAUAUAUAGAUAUUAAAUACUAUAAUAGAUUUUUUGUCAAAAGAAAAUAAUUAAGAUUAGGAUUGCUUAAAGUUUCUAGAAAAUAUAGAUAAAAAAUAUACAGAAACCUUUAAUUAAAUUGAAAAUAUAUCACAUUUGGAAAAACUAAAAUAAUCUGGUACUUUUCAAUAGACUAUUAAUUCGAUUAUAAGUUUGAUCAGAUCCAUAAAAGAACAUGAUAUUAAUGUUGUAAAUUAUUCCACUGAAACCUAUGCUGAAACAAGAUAAUAUCUCAUUUAAAAAAUAUCACAAGAGGUUAGAAUAAUAGAAUUUUUGAAAUUCUUAGUUCAUCUCACGAAAAUAGAUAAUAAAUGUAUAAUAAGUGGAUCUAACGCACUUAAUAUAUUGGUUGAAAUGAAGGUAGAUCUAACAAGCUUAAAUUUUGAAAAUAUAAAAAUUUCUAAUACUUCUUUAAUUGGAGGUAAUUUUACAAAAUGUAAUUUAACAAAUUCUAAAUUUGACAAUGUAAAUAUCAAUGGAAUUAAUUUAAGUGGAGCGUAAUUGUUUAAUUGCAAUUGGAAAUAAUUAAAAAUAAACGAUUUAUAUUAAAUAGAUGGUCAUACUAAGGCUGUCUGGUCAGUCUGUUUCUCUCCUGAUGCAAAUACAUUAGCAUCUGGUAGUGGAGAUAACUCUAUCCGUCUGUGGGAUGUCAAAACAGGAAAACAAAAUGCCAGAUUGGAUGGUCAUACGAAAACUAUCUACUCAGUCUGUUUCUCUCCUUAUGGAAAUACAUUAGCCUCUGGUAGUGAAGAUAACUCUAUCCGUCUGUGGGAUGUCAAAACAGGAUAAUAAAAAGCCAGAUUGGAUGGUCAUACUCACUAUGUCAACUCAGUCUGUUUCUCUCCUGAUGGAAAUGCAUUAGCCUCAGGUAGUUCAGAUGGCUCGAUCCGUCUAUGGGAUGUUAAAACAGGAAAAUAAAAAGCCUAAUUGGAUGUUAAUACUAACACUAUCUACUCAGUCUGUUUCUCUCCUGAUGGAAAUACAUUAGCCUCUGGUAGUACAGAUAACUCUAUCCAUCUAUGGGAUGUUAAAACAGCAUAAUACAAAGCCAAAUUAGAUGGUCAUACUAGCAAUGUCUACUCAGUCUGUUUCUCUCCUAAUGGUACUACAUUAGCCUCUGGUAGUGCAGAUAACUCUAUUCGUCUAUGGGAUGUUAAAACAGGAUAAUAAAUAGACAAAUUAGAUGGUCAUACUAGUUGGGUCUAAUCAAUCUGCUUCUCUUCUGAUGGAAAUACUUUAGGAUCAGGUGGUGGUGAUUUGUCUGUCCGUCUAUGGGAUGUCAAAACAGGAAUAUAAAAAGUCAAAUUAGAUGGUCAUACUGGUUUAGUCUAAUCAGUUUGUUUCUCUCCUGAUCGAAAUACAUUAGCUUCUGGUAGUUGGGAUAAGUCUAUCCGUUUUUGGGAUGUUUAAACAGAAUAAUAUAAAGUCAAAUUAGAUGGUCAUUAAUAAGUUGUCUGGUCAGUCUGUUUCUCUCCUGAUGGAAAUGCAUUAGCCUCAGGUAGUGCUGAUAAGUCUAUCCGUCUAUGGGAUGUUAAAACAGGGAAAUAAAAAGCCAAAUUGGAUGGUCAUACUCACUAUGUCUACUCAGUCUGUUUCUCUCCCGAUGGUAGUACAUUAGCCUCUGGUAGUGCUGAUAAGUCUAUCUAUCUUUGGGAUGUUAAAACAGGAUAAUAAAAAGCCAAAUUAGAUGGUCAUACUAGCAAUGUCUAAUCAGUCUGUUUUUCUCCUGAUGGUACUACAUUAGCCUCUGGUAGUGCUGAUAAGUCUAUCUAUCUUUGGGAUGUUAAAACAGGAAAAUAAAAAGCUAAAUUAGAUCGUCAUACUAGCAAUGUCUACUCAGUCUGUUUCUCCUCUGAUGGUACUACAUUAGCCUCUGGUAGUGCUGAUAGGUUUAUCUAUCUUUGGGAUAUCAAAACAGGAUAAUAAAAAGCCAAAUUAGCUGGUCAUGAAUAAGUUAUCUAGUUAGUCUGUUUCUCUCCUGAUGGAAAUACUUUAGCAUCUGGUAGUUGGGAUAACUCUAUCCGUCUUUGGGAUGUCAAAACAGGAUAAUAAAAAGCCAAAUUAGCUGGUCAUGAUGAAGCUGUUUACUCAGUCUGUUUUUCUCCUGAUGGAAAUGCAUUAGCUUCUGGUAGUGAAGAUAAGUCUAUCCGUCUUUGGGAUGUCAAAACAGGAUAUUAAAAAACCAAAUUGGAUGGUCAUGAAGAACCAGUUAUUUCAGUUUGUUUCUCUCCUGAUAGAAAUACAUUAGCCUCUGGUAAUAGUGAUAACUCUAUCCGUCUCUGGGAUUUGAAAACAGGAUAAUAAAAAGCCAAAUUGGAUGGUCAUGAUGAACCAGUUAUUUCAGUCUGUUUCUCUCCUGAUGGAAAUAAAUUAGCUUCUGGUAGUAAUGAUAACUCUAUCCGUCUAUGGGAUGUCAAAACAGGAUAAUAAAUAGCCAAAUUGGAUGGUCAUGGUGAACCAGUCAUUUCAGUCUGUUUCUCUCCUGGUGGAAAAACUUUAGCAUCACGUAGUGUUGAUUAGUUUAUACACCUUUGGGAUCUAAAGACAGAAUAAGAAAUUUCAUCUUAGGAUAAUAGAUAUAAUGAAGUUUUGGAAAAUUGCAAGAUCUCCUUUUAAUAAAACAACCCUUUAACAGGUAUUUAUUAUUUUAUACUAUUUAGUUACCACUAAUAUUACUUUUCUCCGUAUAUCCCAAACACCUAUAUUUUAAGCUUAAGGAGCUCUUGUCCUUAAGGGAGAAUUUUUUAAUUAUAAAGGCUUCGAUUUAAGAUCAUUAUUAAAAUUAAAAGAAAGUUUCAUUUUGGAAAGCUGAAUGCAAAAAUUGAC